CUUGUAUUUCAAAUCGCUCAGUAGUAAUAAAAAUUACCGCUCGAUUAUAAGAAAUAGGUAUACAUUAUUUUAAAUAUAAUGCACAUUGACUGAAGUGUUAAUAAUAUGCCCUCUACUGUAGAUCAUUCUUACCAACAUAUGCAUUUGACAACAAUAAAACUUUUCUUGUUCUUCUAAGAUUAUUAACUAAAUUCAGUAAUGUUAUUUAAAUUCCACUAAGUUUCACCACUUAAUUCGUCUUAGAAGAGAAACUAAAUGUUUAGUGUAAGAAAUAAUUAAUGUUUUCAAUUAUUCAUUGCUUUCAUUUAGUCAAUAUUUUACAACGUAUCCAUCUUAAAACUAUUCACUUUAAUAUUGUCACCAUCAUCAUUUAAACAGACUUUUCCACAUGUUGACACAUGAACAAGUUUGUAAUUCAACAAAUUACUUCAUUGGCAUUGUCUAAUGUAAUGAAUACAUAGACGUAGUUUUCUUUUUGAUUCAUUUAACUAAUUAAUCAAUCUUAUUACCAAAUUAAGUAAAUUAUUUAACUCUAAGCUAAUCACAUUUGAAUGAUGUGUACAUAAUUAUAUAUAUACAUGUAUAUAUACAUGUAUAUAUAUACAUUCUCCAUUAAAUAAUAGCUUAUCCAUUUGAAGCUAUGCUACUAAAGUGAAUUACAAAAUUAUGAAUUACCUAAUUUAAUACAAAAACUAUAAAAUUGUACAAUUUGUUAUAAAUUGCAUAUUAGUUGUUAUUAAUUAAAUUAUUAUUAUUACAAAAUGACUGAACGUAAAGCAGUUAUUAAAAAUGCUGAUAUGAGUGAAGAAAUGCAAGAGGAUGCAAUACAUAUAGCUGCUGGUGCUAUUGAUAAACAUGAUUUAGAAAAAGAUAUAGCUGCUAAUAUAAAAAAAGAUUUUGAUCGAAAAUAUCAUCCUACAUGGCAUUGUAUAGUUGGACGACAUUUUGGAAGUUACGUAACACAUGAAACCCAUAAUUUUAUAUAUUUCUAUUUGGAUGAUCGAGCAUUCCUUCUUUUUAAAUCAGGAUGAAAGGAUGAUUUUUUACAAAAGAACCUAUGAAGACAAUUAUUAUAUAACAUUACAAAUUUUAUGUAUCUAUUUAAUGUAUCUUGCUUUUCUUCAUGUAUGUCUUCAUUUACUGGUUUAUAUAAUGUUAGUAAAAAGAAAGGGAAACGGAUUGAUUUAAACAGAAUAUACCAUUAUUAUUGAA